AUGAAACAGAUCUUACUAGAGGAAAUUAAAACUUUUGAAGGUUUAGAAGAUGAGCGCCAGUUGGCAUGGGAGGAAAGAGAUAAGAGGGAGCAGCUGAAAGUUGACUUGGAAAAAGUGCUCUGUAUGCAAGAAAUAAGUCGGAGACAGAAAUCAAGGUCGACUUGGUUAAAAGAGGGGGACCGUAACACCGGAUUUUUCCAUCGUCUUGCCAAUUCUCAUAGAAGAAACAACUUUAUUUCCAGUCUUUGUAUUGAAGGUAAUGGUACUUCGGAGCACGAGAAGAUAAAAGAUUCAAUCACUCAAUACUAUAAGAAACUCUUUUCUGAAACAGCCCCUUGGAGACCCAAGUUAGAUGGAUUAGAUUUUCCUGGUCUAGACCCCUUAGAUGUGGUUUGGCUCGAGAGACCGUUCCAAGAGGAGGAAGUUCUUCAAGCUUUGCUUAGCAUGGAUGAAGACAAAGCUCUGAGCCCCGAUGGUUUCUCUAUUGCUUUUUAUCGUUCCUGUUGGUCUAUAAUUAAGGCUAAUCUUAUGAGUGUCUUUCACAACUUUCAUAAGCAUGAGAGGUUUGAUAAGAGUCUUAGUGCUUCUUUUAUCGCUCUCAUCCCAAAGAAAGACUGGACAACUUGA